CUCCAGUGCUGCACGUCGUGUGUUGUUAUGGGGCAGGAGGAGGAGGGCUGGAGUCAGUGAAGAUGGAGGAGGCUGAGGGAGAGCGAGAGGAGCUGAGCAGUCUGUUGUUGGACAGUACAGUGGAUUUUGCCUCAACCUUCCACCAGCUUGUGGCAAAGUAUGCCCCCACCUUAUACACCAAUGGCCUCCAUUCCCAAGUGGACAAUCAGGAGCAGUUAUUUCAAGCAAGUAUCCUAACACUCAUAGAGUGGUACCUGUUUGGAGAGGACCCCAAAUCCUUUAUGGAGAAAUUACGUGAGAGUGAUGCACCUCCUCUAUGCGGUAAGGUGUUUCGGAGUGGAGAGACCACAUACUCUUGCAGGGACUGUGCCAUUGAUCCAACCUGUGUUCUGUGCAUGGACUGCUUUCAGAACAGUGUCCACAAAAAUCACCGGUACAAGAUGCACUCCUCAAUGGGAGGGGGCUUCUGUGAUUGUGGUGACACAGAAGCUUGGAAGUCUGGUCCAUACUGCAAAAUCCACGAGCCUGGUGCUUCAGAUCAGGAUACUGGAUUUCGAUUAACAGAAGAGCUUUUAUCCCAGACUAGGAAAGUGUUUCCCGUUGUCAUACAGUACAUUGUGGACCUGCUUAUCUGGGAGGAGCAGAAGAGUCUGCCAGCCUGUCUGAAUAUGGGCCCAAGCAAAUCAGACCGUUACUACUGUGUGCUAUACAGCGAUGAACACCACUCCAAUGAUCACUUUAUCUACAGUCUGCAGAGAUCCCUGGGCUGUGACAUAAAGGAGGCCCAGGCAAUUACCAAUGCGGCUGAGAGAGAGGGCCGUACAACUAUUAAAGAAGGCACUUUAGAUGAAUGUCAAGAAAUUGCAGAAAAGCUCAAGACAUAUUCUGAAAAUGUGUCUUUGCGGCCUCUACGUGUUGAAGUUCUUAGUUUUCUGGUAAUGGCACAUCAAACGUCCGCAUGCCGUCUUGGCAUCUGGUUGAACAAGCUUUUGGCCUACUCAAGUGACUUUCGUCAGAUCUUCUGUCAGGUGUGCUUGGCGCCACAAACAACCACCCUGAAAGAGCUGUGCCAUGUCAGUUUGUUUAUCCUUAGUGACGCCAAACUUCAUAAAGGCUUCAGGAAAGUGCUUCAUGAUCUGAUCUUCAGCAGUUUUUUCAUGGAGAUGGAGUACAAGAAAUUAUUUGCCAUUGAGUUUGUGAAGCGUUAUAAGAAAGUUCAAAAGGAAUACAUGGAUGAUGAGCGAGACAGAAGCAUCUCCGUCACAGCCAUUUCAGUGCAAGUGUUCACUGUUCCCACUCUGGCUCGGCUGCUCAUUGAAGAACAGAGUGUAAUGAGAGUUAUCACUGAGACCCUGCUGGAGGUCCUUCCCGAGUAUCUAGACCCAGAAAACAAGUUUAAUUUUCAGGGGUACAGCCAGGAUAGAUUCUGCAGAGUGUACGCCAUCAUCUUUGACCUCAAGUAUAUUCUUAUUAGCAAACCUACUUCAUGGACAGAGAAACUAAAAGAAAAAUUUGUAGAGGGAUUUCACUCUUUAUUGCGUGUUUUGUCUUGUAUGCAGGGCAUGGAGGCAGUAAGCCGAAUGAUAGGACAGCACGUGGAGAUGGAUUCUGACUGGGAGGCUGCGAUAGCCAUGCAGAUGCAGCUGAAGAACGUACUGAUGUUAAUCCAGGAGUGGUGUGCCAGCAAUGAAGAUGUAUUGCUGAAGACCUACAAGGAUUGUCAUCGCAGUGUCGUUCGGAGCUUUAAACCAGCAGCCUCUCCGCAGAAGACACUUGUGGAGAUGUGUGGUCAUUCCUAUCAAAGUUAUCCAUUUAAAGUCUCUAGGGAUCCUGUCAGCAUACAUCUGCCCCUCUCCCGGAUGUUGGCAGGUUUACAUUCACAAAUGAGUAAAACGGGGCUCAUCACAAAACUGCCAGAACUUAUUUCCCCUGAUGACUUCCAGAUGGAACUUCUCAUUGAAAGUCCAUUGCGAUGUCUGGUGCUUGCUGGUCAAGUAGCAGCUGAGAUGUGGAAGAGAAAUGGCCUCACAAUAUUAAGCCAGGUUUUCUACUAUCAGGAUGUGAAAUGCAGGGAAGAGAUGUACGAUAAAGACAUUGUGAUGUUGCAGAUUGGGGCAUCAUACAUGGAUCCAAAUAGUUUCCUGCUAAUGGUGCUGGACAGAUAUGAGCUUGUAGAGGCUUUGUCUAAAGUUUCUAUGCCAUCCAAAGACUUGGACCAGGCGAGGCAGUGGAACAGUCUAAUUGAGGAAAUGCUACACGUUCUCAUUUGCAUUAUUGGUGAACGGUAUAUGCCGGGUGUCAGCAAUGUUACCAAAGAGGAAUGCAUGAUGAGAGAAAUUAUCCAUCUCUUGUGUAUGGAACCCAUGGCUCACAGUGCCAUUGCUAAAGCCUUGCCAGAAACUGAGAAUACCGACAUUUGCUUCGAUGUUCUUAUCAACAAAGUGGCUACUUUUAAAAAGCCAGGGGUAUCAGGACAUGGAGUUUAUGAACUGAAGGAUGAAUAUCUUGACCAAUUCAAUGUGUUCUUCUAUCAUUACACCAAAACCCAACGCAGUAAGGCUGACCACACACAGAAAAAACGGCGGAAACAAGAAAAUAGCUCUGAAGCGUUACCACCUCCACCUCCUCCAGAGUUCACUCCAGCUUUCCAGAAUGUCAGCAACCUGCUGUGCUGUGAUGUGAUGAUGCACCUUCUCCGGACUAUCGUACAGAGGGCAGCAACACAGGAUGCAAUCUUGUGGACUGAAGGCAUGAUACAAAUGGCGCUUCAUAUUGUAGCUCUGGGUUUGAUAGAAGAAAAACGUCAGCUACAGAAGGCUGCUGAGGAGGAAGUGACAUUUGAUUUCUAUCACAAGGCAUCACGAAUUGGAAGUUCAGAUGUGAAUGCCUCAAGUCUUGUGACUGUGCUAGAGAAGCUGAAAGCUGUGCCGCAACUGGAGGCCCAGAAGGACAUGAUAAGCUGGGUAUGGCAGUUGUUGGAAUCUGUGAAAAGGCUACGUGAGAAAUCUGGCCAGACAGCAAUCGCUAUGUACUCAUCUGAUGCUGGUAAAGUGGAUGAGGGACAGAGCGCCCAAGACAAAGAGAAAAGAAAACGGAAAGCAGAAGCAGCAAGACUUCACCGCCAGAAGAUCAUGGCACAGAUGUCUGCCAUGCAAAAGAAUUUCAUUGAAACAAACAAACUUUUAUAUGACACCGCUCAGGAAGCACAGGCGACCUCCAUUCCCAUGGAGGAGAAUUCAUUAACAGUUGCCGGAGGUUCCAGAAUUGCUUUGGGUCCCAAGCGUGGGCCAUCUGUGCCUGGAAAAGAAGUCCUUACUUGCAUCCUUUGCCAGGAGGAACAAGAAGUGCGGCUAGACAGAUCUACUAUGGUGCUGACUGCCUUUGUGCAGAAAUCUACCACCCUGUCGCAGUCCCGAGGCAUUACUUUCAUGCACUCAGGUGAAACAUAUAAUCCACUAUUCACCAGCCCCGAAUUGUCUUGUGGAACCCACACAGGAAGCUGUGGCCAUGUGAUGCAUGUCACCUGCUGGCAGAAGUUUUUUGAGGCCAUGCAAGCGAACAUACAACACCAUCUUCAUGGAGAUAUGAUCUAUGACCUUGGAAAUGGAGAAUAUUUAUGCCCAUUAUGCAAAUGUCACUGCAACUCCGUUAUUCCCAUCAUCCCAAUUGUGGCAGAGCAAGUUAACAGUGCUGAGGCCGAAUCAUUGGGAGAGGUACUGUCAUUGUCUCGCUGGUUGGAUGUUGUUGGGACCAGGAUAUCGGGUUACAAUCUAAAAAUCUCAAAAGGGGAAAAGUCAUUAUCACCUCAAUUUCUUAAAAGUGAAGACAGUCAAAGUUAUGAGUUCAGAUCCAUCCUGAGCUUUGGGGUACAGUCACCGCCGAAAUAUUCUGCUAGCACAAAAGAAAUACUGGCCCAUUUUGCUGAAACUGUCUACUGUGUAGGUCUGAACGUUCCACCUAACGGAAGCGACCCGCGUGUGCCCGUGAUGACCUGGAAUACAUGUGCAUUUACCAUACAGUCUAUAGAGAGUUUACUAAGGGAUGACGACAAACCUUUGUUUGGUUCCCUGCAGAACCGGCAGCAUUCUGAUCUUAAAACCUUAGUGAAAUUUGCUGAAGCACAAAGAGUCACGUGUCAUCAAACUACAAUACAGAGCCAUCUUGUGCAGUUACUUGCAGUGUUCUUGCCUAAUAUAAACCUUGAGGGAACGCCGUCCUUCCUGUCCGUGGAUGUGUUCCAUCUUCUGGUGGGGUCAGUUUUGGCCUUUCCAUCUUUAUACUGUGAAGAAGGUGUGGGGCUGCACCCAUCGUCUUUAAUCUCUUCAUACAACCAUCUCUACCUCUUCCAUCUGCUCACAAUGACUCAUAUUCUACAAAUCAUCUUCUCAUCAGCCACAGACUGUGUGCCAUCUGCCAUGCCAGGUGACUGUGAAGAAGCUCAUAGUGCAGCUGCCCUGUGUCAGGACCUUUCACUGCUCAUUGACGGCUUUAGAGCAGCUGAUCUUCCAGGCUGGUAUAUCUGGGACUGCGUGAAGAAGGGUAUUGUCCCUUACCUGCGGUGCUGUGCUCUGUUCUUCCACUAUUUGCUGGGAGUGACUCCACCGGAUGAGCUGAAGUCCUCAUUGGCUCCAGAAGAGCAGCUGGAGGCUCUGUGUAGCUACCUCUGUCUCCCUACUAACUUACUUGUCCUUUUCCAAGAGUACUGGGACACUGUGAAACCACUUAUUCAGAGGUGGGGAUCUGACCCAGCUGUUCUUAGCGUCCUCGCUGGUAAAACAAGUGCAAUCAGGUACCCAAGGAAUCUUAACACCUUAACGGAGCUGCCUGAAGAUUACAGCAUUCUGCUCAAUCAAGCUUCCCACUUCAGGUGCCCGAAAUCCCAGGAUGCUGAACGUAAACACCCAGUGAUGUGUCUUCUGUGCGGGGCCAUACUGUGCUCCCAGAACACGUGUUGUCAGGAGGUGGUCAAUGGAGAGGAGCUGGGGGCUUGCACCGCACAUGCAUUGCACUGUGCAGCUGGAAUCUGUAUAUUCCUCAAGAUUAGAGAAUGUAAGGUUGUGCUUACUGAAGUGAAAACAAGAGGCUGCUUGUACCCAGCGCCAUAUCUGGAUGAAUAUGGAGAAACUGACCCUGGUUUAAAACGUGGGAAUCCACUACGACUCUCCCGUGAAAGAUACCGAAAGCUGCACCUCAUGUGGCAACAGCACUGCAUCAUUGAGGAAAUUGCACGUAACUUAGAAAUAAGCCAGACAUUUUUUGGCUUCAAUUGGAGUCUCCUUUAAAUGUCUGUUUAGGUGCAAUUGGGACAAGCUUUAAUGAUCCCCCUUCACAUCCCAAUGACUGCAAUGUAUGCAAAUAUAUUUUUUUACUUGGAUAAUCACAAAAUUAUAAGAGGAUUCCCCGCACCAACGUAAAGAGAAGUCAAGACAUGCUGCAAACCGUGUUUUAUAUGUUUAUGUCAGUUCUCAUUUUAUUAGUCCAGCGUUGCCAACUAUACCUGGUUUGAUAAUGCAAUUAAUGGUUAUUUUUUCAUGUGUUUUUAUACAAAAUAUAAAAAAAAGAAGGAAUAAAGCUUUUGUUUGAAAACAUAUGCAAUUUGCAUUACUUUACAGUUAGGAAAACCCAAAUGUUCUUCUAAGGUUAAAGGACUUAAAUGCUUUAUAAUAAUAAUAAAGAGCCUUUAGAUUGUUUAUCCUGUUAGUUGCACAUACGUCCGUAACAACAUAUAUAUAUCCAGGCAACCGAGGGAGACAUAGUGAGAGAUUUAUAAAAGCAAGUGAAAGCUGUUAAAGUUGGGCCUUAGAUAGAGAAUGGUCCCACUGGGUCACAGUUAGAAUUGGUUAAAAUGGGUUGUGCAGUGCUACAAUAUUGAUGAUCUAUCCGCAGGGGUCUGACUCCUGGCACCCCCGCCGAUCAGCUGUUUGAAGAGGUAGUGGUGCUCAUGGGGAUGCUGCUUCCCCUUCAAAAUGACCUGCUCAUCGUAGAGGCAGCGCAGUGUAAUUUCAACUGCUCGUCCCAUUCAAGUGAAUGGGACGAGAAACUGUACUUGCACUGCGCCACUGCUGCAAAGGAGACGAUGAGCAGGUAAUUUUAAAGAUGAAGCAGUACCCGCAUGAGCACCACUACCUCUUCAUACAGCUGAUCGGCAGGGAGUCAAAGGCAUGUUUUGAUCUCCACUUUAAAGGGGGUGUUCGGGAUUCCCAUAAAAAUGCCCAAAAUUUUUUACACCGAUCGUUGCAGGUCUGUGCAGCAGUCACUAGCUCCUCUCUCCCCUGCCCAGUGUCUACAGAGCUGGGGAAUGGUAGUGCCAGGCUGGGCAGGGGAGAGAGGCACGGACAAUACACAGUGCUGAGGAGGGGCAUGGCUAGAGGCCGUGCAAGCAGAAGGCUAUGAGGAGAGGGAGUGUACGCAGCAGCAGCGCCCUGCUAUGCUGCACAGGACUGUAGACGUGAUGUCAGCAAGGAAAACAACAAGGUCACAUAACAGCUUUAUAAAGAAGCUAAAGGGAGCAGAAAAGAUAGUUAGGUUAUAUUAGAGAUUUGCUGCUCUGGUCAAGGCAAGUUUAAAGGGAAAUAAAAGUCUAAUCCUGGAAAACCCCUUUAAAAUGGGGCAGGGACUUUGCAAAGACUUGCUUGACAUUUCCCUUCCAGUUUUUUUUUUAAUCUUAUGUUGAUGGAAUAUAGCACCAUCGUUUGACUGCCAGCAGUGGCCCUAAGACUAAAUUUGCUCAUAUUUUGACCACAAAAAAAUAAGUUUGACUUUGUUGAAAUUUCAGCGUCGAAAAUUGUAAAAGGCAUUCAAACAAAUGUAUGUGCCCUGUGUAUAAAGAGUGCAUGCAUUUUCUGUCCUAUGCUAAAACCACAUGCUGCAUUGUCACAAGUCAUAAUAUUUUUCUUUAAGGGGGUUUUUAGGACUAAGAUAUCAGAAAAUAAAAGGUUUUGUGAAUUAAUGCUAUGUCUCCAUCAUUUUUCUUUUCCUCAUUUUCAAGAUCAGCAAAAGGCAAUGUGAGGCAGGAUGCAUACUGUAUAAACAAGUGAGCCGGCGGUAAUGAAGGCUGCAGUCACAUGACUUAUCAUGUGACAGACGUGUUCAUAGCCAGUGAUGGUCAGUUCGCAAUGUU